AUGCCCAGAGGUGAGAAUCCAAACAGAGGGUCAAAUGUGACAUGAUGCCAUAAAAGACCAUUAAUGUUUGGAAAAAUUAACAUUUUCUAUGUUACUUCACCAUAUCUCCUUAUCCCCUCCUCUUCACCAUAGGUAAGAGUUAGGGCUUUUAUAAAGAUCAUCCUACAGAAACACAAUUACAACACAGAAACACACACUGUUAAUUCUAACCUACCAUUUCUCUCUCAGGUGUCUGACUCCCUCUUGAUGUUUCCACAGGAUCCCACUUUAACCGGCAGCAGCAGCAGCAUAGCCAUGCUACCUCUUGCCGGCACUUCCAGCUAGGCCCCCAUGCCGCGCUGCCCAUUGACUUCCCCAUGCCCCACCCAGUUCAGCCCCAGUCGGGCAUAAACCCCCACCUGCCUCCCUCUGGCCACCAGCAUCCUCCCCAGCUCCACUCGCCCCUCAACCCCCUACCCCCCGUACCCCAGUUCCAGGACCUCUUGGUCCCCCCUUUCCUGCCUCAGGCCUUACACCAGCAAUACCUCCUCCAACAGCAGAUCCUAGAAGCCCAGCACCGCCGCAUCAUGCCACCUUCCAGGUAUGGGGACUUGGUUUCUGGCUAUGCACGGCACUACCGUAAUAACUAGGGUACCUCCAUAAGCUUUAGUAAUGUCAUGGUCUGUACGAACAACUAUAUUUUGAUGCACCCCCCAAAAUCUGUACAGUUUAAUAAUGUGCCCCUGAUAAAGGGGUAGUUAACCCCAAAGUUUGGCAUGUGUUUUCAUACUUCAAAAGUGCCACACAACAGAUUGCAUGGAAUUUAAUGUGUACAGAAACCUUUUUUGGUUGUCCUCUGUCAGCAGACGCACCCCAGAGAGAAUGCCCCACCAGCCCCACAGACUGCGGCUGGGGUACGAGUUUGCUCCUGCCCUCCAUGUCCCCCCACAGCCUGUUGGCCAGCAGCCUCGCUACCUGGCCGAAGGCACAGACUGGUAAAUAACACACCAGCUUGCACUCCUACAAUAAUGUGGCUUCAUAGUUAAGUCUAAUACAUUACUCCUGAACUAUGGAUUAUCUUCAUUUCAAAUUUGAGUCCCCUCCCACGGGCAUUAUGUAAUCCAAUGAUAAUCAAUGUUGAUGAUGUUGAUGGGUCUGUGAAAUGGGCCCAGUGUUUAACUGGUUCUUCUCUCCUCUCUCCUCCUGUCCUGUGUGGUUGGUCAGGGACCUGAGUGUGGACGCGGGGCUUCCCCCCCACCAGUACCACGUCCGCCCACUGCCCCAGCACUUUCAACACUACCUGACCUCUCCCAGGAUGCAUCACUUCCCCAGGAACAACGCCUCCACCCAAUUGGUGAGGACAUCACAACUCCUUUUGCCAUGGAAUUUAAAUGUUCAGAAUGGACAGUCCCAUUCAAAGCAAUGUUUCAUGAUCUGCACUGCUGGCGUCCAUAUUAGCUGAACCACCUGGAGUGUUUGAUUUGGUAUUUACACCAUAGGUCAUUGUAGAGACAGGGUUCAGGGAUGGCAGGCAGGAAGCAGUAUGAAACGCAAAGAUGUUUUCUCAAAGAUGAGUUGAGGAGAAUGUAUCCAGAUUACUCCCUUACUGUCUCUCUGUAUGUUCUCCCCAGGUUGUCCAUGAGAUCAGAAACUACCCGUAUCCUCAGUUACACCUGCUGGCCCUGCAGGGCCUCAACCCCUCCCGCCAUGCAUCCGCUGUGAGAGAGAGCUACGAGGUACAGUCAUCUCAGUCACACGGCCAAGUCCCAUCAACCCCGUCACACUGUCACCCUGUCACACACACACUCCCUCCCUCCUCUCACCUCUCACACAUCCGUCCCUGCCUCUGAGUGACAAAUGCUGUGGACAGCCUCAUGUGGGACUGAUCUUCUAAUUUCCGCUAGUUCUGUGCUCCAGAUGCUUCCGAAUCCAAAAGCCAUUGUUUUAUUUUGUUUUGUUCUUUUUAUCGUACUGAAAUAAGAUAUUUAACGGUCUUUCCCCAUGUGUUGCCAUUAGGAGCUCCUGCAGCUGGAGGACAGGCUGGGCAGUGUGAACCGAGGGGCCAUCCAGACCACUAUUGAAAGGUUCACCUUCCCUCACAAAUACAAGAAGGUAAGACUAUGCCCUCAUAAGUUGUGUCGGUAACGGAUGUACAGAGGUAGAAAAUGGAACAGAUUCGAAUGACACCGAUGAGCAUUGCCAUCUCAUUUUAGGUCAUUGUUAGCCACAUUAUCUCUCCAAAGAAUACGGUCUGCUUCCACUCCAAACUGACUUAUUUAGAUGGUCUGGUCUGGAGUGUACCCAAUUUAAGACCAAGGAUGACUCAUCUUGUAGGUGAAAGGACCAAUUAUUAUAAAGCUGUGUAAGUCAUAUGAGUAUGAUUUAAAUAUACUGUACAGUAUGUGAAGGAAUCAUAAGCAUUACAUUUUAAUGAUCCAAUGAGACAGGAACCCGAAGGACACUUUUUUAAUUGUGUCUUCUGCAGUAUACUGUAUGCCAUGUUAGGACAAUGGUUCUAAACAGGGUUUUUCAGGACAGCCGUUAGUCAUAUAUUAGAACUACAUUAUGAGGACUUCAAGCAUGUCUAUUUUCAUGUGAACUAUCAAAACUUUGCAAAUGAAAAUGAGAGAUGCAUUGCUUAUGGUAUUUGUCGCUGUAAUUGUAUAUUUUUCUAUUUCCAGAGAAUACCCCAGGACCUGAAGCUAGGGCUGGAGGAUGAGGAACUGGAUACAGAUGAGAAGUGUACUAUCUGUUUAUCAAUGCUGGAGGAUGGAGAGGAUGUCAGGUGAGUCAAAAUGCUAAUGACAAUGUUAUUGUGCCAACACAGAGUACAGUUUGCAGAUCUCUGUGUAUCUAUGGUCAUUCAUAUUAACACUCUUCUACAUCUUCCUCCACCAACAGGAGAUUACCCUGCAUGCACCUCUUCCACCAGGCGUGUGUAGACCAAUGGCUGGCCACCAGUAGGAAAUGCCCCAUAUGCAGGGUGGACAUUGAGACCCAGCUGACACCAGACAGCUGA